AUCAAUCAUGGGAAUCGAGAGAAUUGCGCAUCGUCGAUCUUGAGAUGAAGGUGCAGAAGAACUGGGAACGAUGUAUGCAGAAUCUGAGAUGCGAUGCAGAUGAAAAAGAGGUGAUUUGGUGAGCAGGACGCGUUUUUGUGGGACAUUGUGCCCCUGUCAAUCAAAACAUCUCUGCCCCGCGACACGAAAUGCGAUGGGACAAUGGCCCCUCCACCAGUAACUCCGUCUCCUCAUAGAUUCGUGAUCAAGAAAGAAGCUCCAGUACGCAAAUCUACCCUUUCGCAACAGUCACAGCCUCAACAGACCCCGCGUCCAAGCACACAGCAGUUCAACACUACACCGCGAUUCAAUUUCUCUUCUACUCCUCGACCGACUGCAACGCAAAGUCUCCCUCGAACUACACCCUCUGCCUCUCGAUACCUGACACCCGCCUCAAAGAAGCACGAUGCUAUUGACGAAUCAUCCGAUGACAUACUUGGGGACAUCCACGACUCGAUUGAAACAGAUAACCAUAGGCUGAACUACGUGAACGAAUUCUCCGACGACGGAGAAGAAUACCAACUCGAAGAACGAACACCAAAACGACGGCGUUUGUCCGUCUCUUCAAUAAUAUCCCAAGACGAACCGCCAAAUUCAGACCCCGAGCUCGAACACCAAGAGCAGCACCGCGAACCAUCCUCCUCCCUCCCAAUCCUCUCCUCUCCCCCCAUCGCAGCAACAAAACGCCUCUCGACCACCGCCCCAAAAUUCCUGCCCCCGACUCCCCUCCCACCAUCAACACCGCUCCCUUCCACAGGAACAACCACAUUCCUCAAACCACCUCGCUUCAGACCCCCAGAUCCAUCCGAGCAAGCCCAUCCACACGCAGACCCACUACCAGAGCACUUCUCACCGCACCGAAAAGGGCAGAAAUACGUCCACGGCGGCUUAGCAGCCGAAGUUCAAGGCUGGCUUUUCAAUCUUGAGACUGCUGUGCCUGUUAAAAGUCUUAGUAGAACGGAAGAGAAAUCCGAAUGGUUGGUUAAGAUUGUGGUUGAUGAGGUUAGUGGGAGUUCGAGGAAUGGGUUUACGAUGGUUAGGGGACGACAGAUCCAUGGAGGGGACAGGGAGAUGGUUGAUACGGUUGCCGAGGCGAGGGUUUUGCUUGCGGGGGAGGGACAGGCGAUGGGGUUGCAGAGGGGAGAGAGGGUUGAGGCGGGGAAGAGGGUUGGGAUUAAGGGGCCGGUUUGGGAGGUUGUUGUUGAGGGGGUGAAGUGGGGUGUUGGUGUUGAGUGGAAGGUUUUGGAUUGA